AUGGCUAUUUUACACCUAAAAGACACUCUCAAAAGCGUUACAAUCGAGACGGAUGGGAGUUGGGAAGCAGCAAAAGGUAUCAAAGUGCUACAGAGCUCUCUCUCCAAGAUAGAAACUCUUUGUUUUGUCAGGCUCGACCCUUUAUUAGAGUUGUGUGCCCUCUCUUGCGUAUGGGCAUGCUCGAAAAAAGUCAAGAGAAUGCCAACCAGCCAAAUGGCCCGCCUAUUCAGACGUCAUAUAUUUGGCGCCUCGUCGAUUCUUUGAUGUGUUUGAAAUCUCUUCCUCUUCUGGCAAAGCUACAAUACGUAACACUCAUCUCAGGAGUAGACAACGGUCUAAAAUCCUUCCAUCCUAGGCAUUACCUCCUAGAUAUCCAUGAG